AUGAGCGCAAUACUUGAGAAAAACUUGAGCGAGGUCUCUCCUCAGGCAGGGCCAGUUUCUGAUGACGAUGUCACUGCGGUAGAGUCCUCCUCGGCGGGCGAUAUUGUCGUGGACUGGGAUGAGAAGGAGGAAGCUAGGGCUAGACGCAAAGUCGACUUCAUCCUCCUCCCAAUCCUAGGCCUUGCUUUCUUUUCGUUGCAAAUCGACCGAGGAAAUAUCAGCGGCGCGCUGACAUCCACGAUUACAACAGACCUAGGCAUAACCACCAACCAGAUCAAUGUUGGAACUCAACUUCUAUCCGCUGGUAUAGUCAUUACCGAGAUACCGUCAAACAUUAUUUUGCAGCGUGUUGGUCCGCAAAGAUGGUUAGCAGGGCAGCUGUUUUCAUGGGGACUUGUCGCUACGUUCCAGGCUUUCGUUAAGACGUAUCCCGCGUAUCUUGCAACAAGACUUUUACUGGGGUUGUUUGAGGGUGGUUUUAUUCCUGGUGCCCUCUAUUACAUAUCAACCUGGUACCGCAAAGACGAGACCAGUCUUCGGGUCAGCUUGUUCUUCUUCGGCCAAAUAUUCGCCGGUGCUACAACCAGCCUUAUAUCUGCCGGGCUGCUCAAACUGUCCGGUAAAAACGGGUUAGCCGGUUGGCAAUGGAUCUUCCUGGUCGAAGGGCUGAUAACAAUCUUUGCCGGCAUCCUCUUCGUGCUCUUCGUCCCUCCCCGUGUCGGCGAUGGCCGUCCUCUUGCAGCCUCCUUCGGACGGUGGAGCUACUUCACCGAGCGUGAAUCACGAAUCAUCAAGGACCGCGUGAUCCUUGACGACCCCGGCAAAGCCAGAGGUCACAUCCGGAUUACUGGAAAAGAUAUAAUCAGGACAGCUACAAACCCACGCGUCAUUCAACAUUUCUUUAUCACCCUGGUCUCGAUGUCGGCUGUUCAGGGUUUGACGCAGUACACGCCUUCGAUGAUCAAGUCCUUAGGAUUCAGCGCCGUGCGCGCAAAUGCGCUGGCCUCGGUGCCGGUUUAUUGUUUCAUGGUGUUGUUGAUUAUUAUUUCGUAUUUGUGUGAUAAAUUCGGUCACCGUGGCCCAGCGGUCCUGUUCGGCGCAACGUGGAAUCUGAUCAGCUAUGUCUGUUUCCGGCAGACGUCCGUCCACUCAUCCAAGUGGCAUAGAUAUGGAGUCAUUGUCGUAGCGGAUCUGUUCUAUGCUGGUGUACAUGUCCUAAACAUCGGCUGGCUCUCAGUAUCCUGUAAGACGCCCCAAGAGCGUAGCGUGGCUAUGGCAUUGAUUGUCAUGGCAGCAAACUGCUCCGGUAUCUCUGGUUCCCAGAUCUUCCGUACUUCUGAUGCGCCUCUGUACCGGCAUGCUCUGACAGCUGUCUGUUAUCUGGCUGCCGUUGCCUGGGUACAGGUACUUGCACUUUGUCUGCAGACAUGGCGGGCACAGGUUAAAGAGAAGAAACAAUAUAUCCAAAAUAAGGCAAGCGAGUGA